AAGAUUUAUCUCGACGAGUGUUUGCCGAAGAAACUAUUCUCUUGUCCGCUUCGCGAUCGGUUCACGUUAAUACCGUUUCUCUACGAACAAAACGAAACUCUCUUGAAGUUCGACGGCGAGACGUGACACUUGUUUACAGUACAACGUUGUGAACGAUGAAAAGCCUGCAUCUCCCUGCCAGUCAGAAUCUGCACGUCUGCACUAAAUGUGGAAACAUCUACGUGUAUUACAGCUCGUUGACAAGACACAUGAGGGAGGAAUGUGGGAAACCGCCGAAAUAUCAAUGCCUGUAUUGUCCAAAGAAAACGAAGUUACAUUGCAACCUGUUGAAGCACAUGCGAACGAAGCACAGCUUUGAGCAAGGCUGAGAGCACCGGAAAUGGACGGUGGGGGUGAUGGUGACAGAUUCGGAGAACCACACGGCAGAAACGAGACCAAAGCUGAAUUCUAAAUAUAUGAGAUUGAUAAUCUUUCUAUGACCACCUAAAUCUAUUAAUCACUGACAGUGAAUAUUCACCAUUUUCAGUGAUAAUCCAGUGAUUGACUUUUAGAGAGUGCACUUCGCGUCAACCCUUUGGCAACCGCAUAAUCUUCGUAAGACGCGAAUUGUAAAAUAAUGUAAAUUUUUACGCGAUCGCGUGAAUAUCGCAAUGAUAUCACGAAUGCCUUUGUAAAUAAAUGCUAGAUUCUGAUGUACAUAUAUAAAACAGAGACGCACCAUUACUCUUAAGCUUCAAGAUGUUUAAUUUUGUUCCACACGUUUGAUUCAAGUGCCAAAUAAUAUGUAAAAGGAGUGUCUCCAUAUUUUUAACCUACGAGAUCUCCAUCUUGAAUGAAAUGAAUCAAGAGCUAACGAUUAUUUUUGCGAUAAAUAAUGCCUUUUUUUUAUACCGCUAUAUUUCAUCAUAGAGAUACCAAACAUACAAUUUGUAUUAAUUGCCAAAUUAAAGAGGUAAAAAUAUAAAAACAACUUUUUCUAUUAUGUUAUUUUUAACGGUACUGGAAGCGGGAUUAUGUGAGCAUAAUAGUAACACGAUAUUAUCGAUUAUCCAGAUUUAUUAUAUCGUUUUUAUCAUUCAAGUUGUUAACCUUAUCCAAUAUGAUCUACUAAUGUGCUUUUAAUUUAAAAGAAUAUUAGUUUGUUUCUUUGUAGAACACGCUUUAUAAAGACACCCCCAAUUAAACUUGCAUAAUCCCGCAACGAUAUGUAAAAAGAGUUUGAACGAUCCGACAAAAACUAAUUAUUUCUUAUUUGUGUCACUAACUCUGCGAUCUACCUGUAUACAAUCUAUGUAUAAUGAAUCUAUUGGUCAAACAAGA